AGCACAGAACGAGAACGCCGCGACUCAGCCCAUGAGCAAUCUCCCAAUUCAUCUCUGCGUGGGGCACGGGCAACCAACCAACUUUUUGCUACUGUAUUGUACUGUAUGGGUUAGGUUUGUAGAGUCGUGCUGUGGAAUAAGCUUGAGAACGUAUAAUUUUGCUGAUUUGAAACCUGUCGUUAAUUAAAUAAAUAAUACAUUGUAACCUGUUAAGUUUUCGAAUCCAGAAUUGUGAAUUAUGGCAGAUCGCCUAACGCAAUUACAGGACACAAUAAAUCAACAAGCCGAACAUUUUUGCAACAGUGUUGGAAUAUUACAACAAUAUUCUACGCCAAGUAAGUUCCCUGGUUUUGAUCGUAUUGGCGCAUCGCAACCACAUCAACCUCAAGAAGAUUAUGCAGCUUUAUUUGCCACAUUAAUUGCUCGCUGUGCUAAGGACAUUGACACGUUGAUCGAGAGUCUUCCCAGUGAAGAGUCCUCUCAGGAACUUCAAGUUGCUAGUCUCAGUCGACUCGAACAAGAAAAUCAGGAAGCAGGUGAACAACUAGAGGAAAUAGUUCGACAAGGGGAAGCUUUGCUUCAGAGAAUUCAGGCAGCAUUGCAGGAUAUCGCACAGAGUCAACUCGACAUGCAAAAUCCAGCAGCCACGGCUGUAAUUAAUAGCAACUUAAACCUUAUAACAAAUUUCAAACAAGAAAAUGUAAACAAUACAAACACCAUGUCUUCAAAUAACAUACAUCAAAUACCAGAUCCUUCGCCAAAUUUACUAAAUCAAUGAUAAUGUUUGUGUCUUAUUUUCGCUGUAAAUAAUUAUUUAAUAUACAAUGCAAUCAAUAGUU